AUGACCUCUCUAAUUAUAUGGGAUGAGGCUCCAAUGAAUAAUCGGUGUUGCUUUGAUGCAUUGGACCGUUCACUUAAUGAUGUCCUAACAAAUGGUAACGACUUGCCUAAUGAUAAAUCAUUCGGUGGGAAAUUAAUUUUUUUAGGAGGAGAUUUCAGACAGAUUUUACAUGUAAUUCUCGGAGGAACAAAUGAAGAUAUUAUUCAUGCAUCUCUUUACAGCUCUGUUUUGUGGUCUAAAUUUAAAGUUCUCACUCUUAUAGAGCAUAUGAGGCCAUCAUCCAAUGGACUUUCAAAUGAUCAAAAGAAAGAAGUUGUUAUUUUUGCCAACUGGAUUCUUACAAUUGGUGAUGGAACUCAACAGGAUGCUUUAUUCCCUGAUGAUUAUGAUGCAUCCAUGAUUAAAAUACCACAAGAUCUUUUGCUUGAAGCUAGAUCUAACCCCAUAUUAGCAAUUGUUUCAGCAGUGUAUCCCUCUAUUCGUGAUAUCAAUAUUGAUCCAUGCUAUUUUAGAGAGAGAGCAAUUGUAACUCCAAGAAAUGCUACAGUUUCUGAAAUCAACGAUUUUAUCUUAAACAUGUUGUCAGGAAUGAAGCAGAUUUACCUAAGUACCGAUACUGUUUGCAAAACAUCAAGCGAUGGUGACAAUGCAGAUAUUUUGUAUCCUGUUGAAUUUAUCAAUCAACUUGAGUUCAAUUGA